AUGGGAGUUGACUUCGGGGUAGGCCAGUCUACAGUUUCUCAGGUGACUUGGAGAUUCAUUGAAGCAUUGGAAGAACGUGCCAAGCACCAUCUCAAGUGGCCUGAUUCCAACAGAAUGGUAGCUAAAGGGUUCACUCAGACAUAUGAAGUUAACUAUCAUGAUACUUUUGCACCUGUGGCUAAGAUGAAUACUGUCAGAGUUUUGUUGUCCUUAGCAGUUAACUUGGAUUGGACUCUGAGGGCAAUUUGA